AUGAUGGACGGAAUCGAUUUCAGAGAUAACGAGAGAUGCGGCGGUGACGCGAUGUCGGUGGCGCCGGCGGUAAAGCGCGAGCGCGACUGUGCGAGCGGGGGCGGGGGCGGGGUGGUGGGAGCGGGGGAGGGCGACGGUGGUGGCAGCCCUGGACGGAAGAGGCGCAAGCAGGCCGCUCCAGCCCGAGCCCAGCCUCCACCGCUGGAUCUCCACGCGAAGAUGGCUGAUAUAUACAAAAGUGCGCUGGCCUUCGGAGAACUCACUCUCCCCACCUUCGAUCCUCUAGCCGCCUUCCGCCUUCUACCCAGACACGACCCCCCAAGAAUCUUCAAUCCGGAAGCCUACUGCGAUCUUUGCUGUAAAGAGUUCUGUAACAAGUACUUCUUGAAGACUCAUAGAGCGAACAAACACGGUAUCUAUGAUGGUGAGCAGCAGCCGCAUCUCAACCUCCCCAAUCCACCACAGCCUUCACCGCCGCGGCGAGCGUCCGACGAGGAGUCCGGCGGAACGCCCCGUCGAUUGUCACCAGACUCAGCAAGACGCGCUCGCGAAGCCGCUUUCCAGCCAGACGUCCUUCGGCGACUGGGUGUAACUAAUCCAGAAGCCUUUUGCGAAAUAUGUUGUAAAGAAUAUUGCAAUAAGUAUUUUUUGAGAACACAUCGGGAACGAAGGCACGGCGUCCCCAUGCAGCGGUCACCGGUAGCGGAACGAUCACCAGCUGCGGCCACGCCUCCUAUGAUCACGCCGCACUCAUCAUCCCCGUCUGCGCCUACGCCUCCGAGGUCACUUUCCUUACCGCCACCUUUCGAUAUUGAAGAACCAAUCGAAGUAAAGCGAGAAAGAGAAGAUCGAGAUGACUUUGAGGCUGUUUUGCGUGAAGGUCAAACGAGCCCUUUAAAUUUGAUUGUAGAAGAGCGCGGUGCUGCGUCCCCGGGUUCAGCGAGCGAGGAACUCCGCAAGCUCCAGACGAUGAUAUCACAGCUUAACGAGCUCGCAGCGGAACGCUUAGCCGAGGAGCCGAACGAAGCGCCGCGACCACCCUCCUCCUCACCGCCACCUCAAGAUGAGCGAAGGUCGGGCGGCGGCGCAGGGUCAAGUUUUUGUGAAAUAUGUAAUAAAGAACUCUGCAAUAAGUAUUUUAUGCGAACCCACAUGCAGCGGAUGCAUGGAAUUUCAUUAGAAAGUGGAACACAGCUCGGUGGCGUGACGUGUGAUAUUUGUCACAAGGAGCUCUGCAGUAAAUAUUUCCUUCGAGUCCAUAAGCACAAUACACACGGCAUCCCCGCACCACCCGCGCCCGCCAACGCCGCACCGGCCGAGCCAUGUCCGCUGUGCGCUCGUCGCUUCCGAGGGCCGCGCGCGCUCAGAGCACACCUGCUGGCCGAGCACGCCCCACCAACGAGACCACCGCCUCCCCCGCCCAUGCCACCGCGGCCGCUCGACCUGCUCGCACGAGAUAAACCCUACGCCUGCGCGUACUGCCCCUUCACUACUGACGUCCUCGCUUUCCUGUUCGCGCAUGAAAGAGCGCAUGUGCAGCGCGCCAACGAGCAGAUGGAGAGUGGCGAGGCAGAAGGGGAGGUCGCCGCUGAAGAGCCCAGUGAGAGUGGCGACAUUGGGGGAGAGCUGGAGGGUGAUGGAGACGCGUACUCGUGCUCGCGCUGUGAGUUCCGCGCGGAAGGGUUUGCGGCGCUGGAGGCGCACGUGCGGGCGGCGCACGGGGGCGCGGGCGCGCUGCUGGCGGUACCACGCGCGCCGCGAGCACCGCUCACCAUGCAGCCCUUCGUGCUGGAGGAGGCGGGCGGCGCGCUCAGCCUGCUGCCGGCGCUCGUGUUCCUGCCGGUGCGGCGACGCGCCACGCGCCGCGCCACCGUCACGCUCACGCUGACGCCCGCC